AUGGCUUCACACCCAUCGACGGCUAAUACGUUGCCACACAGAUCAUCUACACAGCAUGCUGGAGAUAGACGAUCGCCGAAAAGAAGUCAAUCUGAAACUAGCAACGGACCAGUUUAUCCACAAUCAAAAGAGGGGAGCAACAUACCAUCAAACCCAGAAAUAGUGGCCACUGUGCACUUCACUGUGUGUCCCGGAAACGCGAUGGAGAAAGAAGUGUGGGAUCGAGUGAAGAUACACUCGAAAAGAUCCGGAAUUCCACAUACUAUUGUAUUCGAUCAGAAUUCGAAUGUGCCAGGCCAGAGGAAGCUGAUAGUACAUUACAGACAGGAUAAGAAUGAAUCGAAGGUUGAAAAGAAAAUGCACGUCACCGUACAGAUACUUCAUAAAGAGGGAACUACAAAGGAUCUUCAUUUAGAGGAAAGAUUUUCACAAUACGGUCAGGUGCUGGAUGUAUUUCUUGUGAAGGCCCCUCAGCGUGGAUAUGUUUUCGCUGUCAUCGUGUUUCCUCGAGUUGCAGACGCUCACAGGGCAAUGAAUGACAAACAAGAACCGAAGCCUUUGGCAUACGCGGCACCUCCAUCUAGACGCCUACUGGUAAUGAACACCCAGCCGAAUACCAUGGACCAAACGCUGGUGGUGGUCCGAAGUUAUUCAGACGACAUCAAAGAUAUAUUGGUGGAUUACGCCGAAAGGAGGGCAGUCGUAAUCUUCGAAGAUAUUAAAAAAUGCACGGAAUUGAUGAGAAAGCUGAAAGUGCCUACUAAACAUCGUUACAGUCACUACAUAGAGCAAUCAACUGCAGUGGACUAUUGCCCUGAUAAGUUAUACGAUUUUAUCGUAGAGGCCACUGAAAGACGAAAACAGGAAGCAGCCGAAAAAAAGAGACAAGCCGAGGAACAAGCUGAAGCUGAAAAAACGGAUGGUCUAUCAAGAAACACAGAUACAGCUCAUGCGACGCCAUCGGGUUCUUUAUCACAAGGUCAUAAGAGCGCGAGAGAAUCGAAAUCAUCAGUGGAAGAACAGCACAAGGAUCAAGAGGAAGCAGAAUGCUACGGCACCCCGUCAACUAGCAACGAAUGCAACGCAAAAGAAAAUUCAGAUGAUGAUAAUGGUUUUUCGGGAUCCGGAUUGAGGCACAGUCAUGGUAAAAGUGAAGAUGGCGAGACGGAUACAAUUGAUGACUCGCCUGGUCCCAGUAAAAGAUCUGAUUCGGAGCGUAAACAAAGAGAGGAACCAGAAAAGUCGAACGGCGGACCAGAAGAUCCAGGAACCAAAAGAGUCAAGCGAUUUUCUCAGCACGGUGGAAUCGUUCAUAGCGGUUCUAAUGGAGCUAGGGAAAACUCGAUCCAGCCGUUUCAGUCCCUUCCUUCAACAUCGAAAAACCAGGAUGAGCGGGAACUUUUUUCGAAUGUGUUUGCUGACAAUUCGUAUGAUGAAACCAGCGCUGAAAAAGAGGUCAAUUCGAAACGAAAUUCACCUCCAUCUUCAUUCGAUUGUCAAAAUGACACUUUGAUGAGAGUGAUCAAUCGUAUGAAAUGGAGACCUCAUCCCAAUUUGAGUUCUUUCCCAACUCGAGUUGACGAACUCAUGAAACUAAAUCUGAGAACACGGGUAAACUACGAAAAAUUGACUGGUAGACCAUUUCCCAAGUUCUCAAUGGAAGAUGAUCUCAGAACCCAAACGUCACUUUUCAAAGAAAAAAGAGAUUAUUAUCGGGAGACACCGUGUAAAGAAUUGGAUAUCAGGUUGUUAGAUUGGAGAAAAUUAACCGACCAUAUAGACCGAGACAUUGACGAGUUUCGUGCUCCUGAUUCUAAAGAAUUAUCGAAAGAUAUUCCACAACAGACGAUAAAAAGUGGUGGGAGACCGAGUCUUGACGAAUCAACAAGAUACGGCAGACUGUCAUUCGACUCAACGAAUCAACCAGUUGAACUAGCUCAACGGAGCCAUUCCUUGAGUAUUGGACCUACGACGCCAGCAUUUCCAACUUCGCAGCCACUGCUCGUUAAUACUCACCAUUCUUCACAACCGAGUGGAUCUGGAGUGACAACUCCACGCAGUGGGCAACCCCCUAUUCCGAUGUCACCAGUGUCUCGACACAAUUCAGUGUCGUCUACCGGUCGACCUGCAAAUAUUCAAGCGUUGCGUCAUCACAGUGUCAUGUUCCCACCAGACGUCUCCAUUCCGCCACCUCCAAUUCCACCAACUAAUGAUGAAAUGCGAACAAUACAAGGAAACCUUUCUAGAAGGAGUUCCGAAACACUCCCACCGCUGAAAAGUCCUCCGUUCGGAAGUCUGACCGCGCCCAUCGCUCCAUCUCCUUCUCAAAUGAUGGCUGCAACAGGAACCCAUUCCGUGUCAUCUUCUGCUCACUCAACACCUCGUCAUUCGAUUUCUGGAACACCUAUUCAUUACGAACCUCCAUCAACACCGAAAGGGCCUUCAAUUUUAACACCAAAGACGAACAAGCCUGAAAAAGUGCAAGUGCGACACGAUUCUAUUUCAAAACCAGGACCGUCUAACGCUGCAAAUGCACUUCAAGCUCGAUCGCAGUCGAUGACAUCUGACCACAGAAAGAACGUUACUCCUACUGUUCGAGAUGCUGGUAGCGAUCUUUACGAGAAAAUUAUGUCCAACCAGCCGAGCAUGGGUUUCAAAAAGCUUCCACGUAUCGAGAAGAAACCAUCUGCGCUUCAAAAUGUACAUAAUCAACAAAUUAACAUUCCAACUGCUUCAACUUCAUCAGCACCAUCAACUUCUUCAAAUCAUGCCAUGCUGCAAAAGGACAAAGAAAGAGAAAAGGAGAAACGUAGGAAGGAAAAAGAGCGGGAACUAGAACGGGAACGUGAUACUCGAAAGGAGGUGAGAAAGAAAGAAACCAAAGAAGAACGGCAUAAAAGGAAAGAGCUGGAAAGAGCAAAACGGGAAGAAGAUGAACGACGGGAACGGAAACGCGAGAAACAGAGGAUAAGAGAGAAAGAGGAACGGAGAAAGGAGAAAGAAAAAGAGCGGAGGAAAGUUGAAAAGGAAAAACUUAAGAAGAAGAAACACCAGAGAGAUGACAGUAGUGAUGAAUCAGGAUCUAGUUCGGACGAUGAUUUGGAUUUGGAUGUCAGGAAGUCGGCGAAGGAAAUGACGCAAGAAGAGAAAGAUCAUCAACUCGCAAUGAUCCUUUCGAGAGGUAGUAUAAUUGAGAACCUGAAGUCACGAAGGAGGUCUGAUAAACGAGGACAUGAUUCGUUUGAAAAAUUGCGUCAGAAAAAUGAACAGGCUGGCACACCGAGUUUACAGAGACGCGUAUUGAUUGAAUCUUCUGAUGAUGAUGAUAAAGGAAAAGACGAUGAUAAGGAUAAAUCUGAUUCCUCGAGUGGAGAGGCCAGUGAAACGGAACAACGCUUCAUUCCUCCUCCGCCACUGCCGCCGUCUUCCACGGGAGCAGAAGCUGCUAAACGCAGUAGUAAGCACAAAUACAGUCAUAAGGAGAAAGGUGAAGUAUUGUCAUCGGAUGGUGAAGGAAAACGUGGAGAAGCCCGCAGGAAGAAGAGAUCCAAAGACGACAGAGACAAUCGUAAAAGACAGAAGUCUCUCACCAACUACUCAUCAGAUGAGCAUGAUCGGGAACAUAAUGCGAAACGAGUUCGGAGAGAAGAGAACGACGAAGCGAAUCGUCAUACCUCUCGAACAUCCAAAGAUGAGCAAACAUCGAGAAAAAGAAAGUUGGAAAACCGUUUGAGUUCAGAUGAAGAAUCUAAGAGAAAGAUUAAGCAAGGUGAUUUUCGUGACAUUCCACAUGAGAAUAUUUCGGACGAAGAAGAGUCUGAAUCGGCAGCAAGAGUUAGAAGGCAGUCGUCCAGUAGUAACGCUAGCAGUUCCGCUUAUGGAAAGAAGCUCAAAACGCCGCCAGUGAUCACCACCCCAUCUGCUACUCCCCUCCAAUCACCAAAAAUUCUUUCCCCGAAACAAGUAUACUCAAAGACUUCCACAUCUUCAAAACUUCCAUCUAUCACUGCACAAGAGCCUUUGGUAUCUCCGAGACCUCGAAAUCGCACAUCGUCAUCAACUUCUACUGCUACCAACUCAUCUAAAUAUGAAGCUCCAGCUGUUUCCGAAAAACAGCUUUCGCCCCCAGUCACAGCAAAAAGCAGUGUGUCUUCUAUCGACGAUUCGGCACUUCACGAUGAGUUCAAUAUCAACUCGGCAAUCGAUAGUCCGGCCAGCGUCACAGGAAAACCGAUGGUGUUGACGAAGGCAGCAAUGAAGGCGUUUAAUUCAUCAUCUCCUAGAAAGCUGAGCAAUUCGUCGGCCCAGCAUGAUUCGUCUUCGGAUACAUCAUCCAGCUCCUCUUCAUCUUCAUCUGAUGAUGACUCCGAUGAGGAUACUGUAGUGGCUGCGGAACCAAAUGAUGCUCCCCCGGCUGCCAUUGAAAACAUCGCUGCUGAAGAACCCAUUGAAGUGACUGUUGGUGAAAGUUCUGAUACGCUGGAAACACAUUUGGCAACUUCAACAUCACCCGUCCUACCUGCUCUACCAGCAGAGUUGAUAGUGUCGGAUGAAAGUAAAGAAUCAUCUGAUGUGGAACCUGUGGUUAAAGAAUUUUUACAAUCUGCCGCUCCAAUUCAACAAGAAAUGAACGAAGAAUCUCAAUGUGCCGUAUCAACAGAGCCAGAUGUGGAGCGUGUUGAGGAAGAAGAUCAACAUGCUCAAUCUGAAGACAUUGAAGAAUCUCUGAUGACGAUUCAAGAAGAUGUGCAGAUGGAAAAAGAAUCAGAGUCUGUUGUGCAAUCGAGUUUCUCUCCGCGUCAGGAACCGGAGCAUGUGCCAGCACCAGUCACAGAAAAAUUCACAUCGCCGAAACAGGUUGACACAAAUCCUAUUUCACCAUCAGCUCAUACUGUUAUUUCGGAUCAGGAAACCGAUCAAGCUGUUCAGUCGAUUUUCGACGAAGAAGAAGCUGACGAGUUCCCGCAAUAUCCAGAUUUUGUGAUGACCAAUGACGACAAAGAAGUCCCUGAUAAAGAGACCGUUCAUCCAGAAACCGCGGAGAAGACGUCAUCUCAAUCAACCAUCUCGUCCGAAGGUUACAGCAUAGAUAAAUUGAUAUCUCCCAAACCGUCCACAUCCCAACCUGAAAAGAAUAACGAUGUUGGCAGUAUUGACACCAUCGAAGGAGAAUUCCCACAUAUUGUGAAUCCUAUUGAACAGAUCGUUGAGAUUGCUUCAAUAGAGCCGAUCGAGAACAACGCAGCAGACGAGAAGUAUAUGGAUGACAGCGACGAGGAUUAUGGAGCGAGACCACUGGAGAUUGAUGAAUCCUCACCGGAACAUCAUACAUUGGAGAAAUCUGUGGAGAUUAUGGAAUCUGAAAAUAUUCCAACUAAUGAGAAAGUUCAAGAAGAUCAUCAUAAAAAUCACGAACUCGUUCAAGCUCCUGUGCAGCCUCAAAAACCAUUGGAAGUAAUCACAGAAACACAGCAAUCACAUCAACAAGUAAUUCAACCUUCCCCACAACCUGCCAUCACCCCAUUAUCUCAACCAACUGUUGCACAAUCAGCAUCUGAAAUCCCGCAAACAUCACCGACAGAAGGGGAAUCCGUUCGUGCUCGUUUCGGUGAGCUAAUCAGAGAUAGAAACGUCAAUGAGAUGGCAUCGCUUUUGCAAGCAAAGCCUGAAUACCGGAACUUUCUCUAUGCAGACAUGGUACAGACGAUUUCAGAUAUGGUCUGUCAUGCCGCGCAUGGUGCAGGAAUUGGAUUUUCAAAAGAGACGCAAGAGCGACAAGCGGCUGUUAUGGCUCAGCAACAAGAACAAAUGGCCAUUAAAAACGCACAAGCACGACAAGAACUGUUGGAAAAUCAGCGACGAGCGGUGGAAGAAGAGAGCUUAAAGCGACAACAGCGAGAACAACUCGAUCGUAAAAUGGAGAUGGAUCGGCAGGAGAAGAAACGAAGAAUCGAAAUGGACCGGGCGAACAUGCUUGCUAUACAGUUAGCUGCAAUGCAAAAGAAUCCCGGACAGAAGAACAAUAUGGGUUUCGCGAUGCAAAAUAUCAUCAAUCUGAUGCCUCCAGAAGCCAGACUGUUGUACACUGGAUUCGCUGGUGUGACUCAUGGGCAACAACCUGGACUCGCCAAUGGAACAACUCCUCAAUUAACACCACGUCCUUCUUCAACAGCUUCAUCGUCAGCAUCUGUAAGAACCCCACAACCGCCCUCUACUUCGCUGAAUCGAUCCAGUGUAGAGCCUUCCACAGCCUGUAGCACCAUGAGCUCUGACGAGUCCGCAACUUCUGUUGCACCCAACCCGGCUCCAACCACAUCAUUAGCAGAACUGAGUGCAUUGCUACAUCAAAUUGCAACGCCACCUCAAAUACCAAUUGCCCCUGCCACCACGGCUCCAAACCCUUUCUCAAAUUUGGAAUCGCUCCUCAGUAUGGCAACCAUGGCAAAUCUCACUGGAGCAGCUGUGAAUCCAUUAUCCAUGUUUGCUGUUACACAUGCCAUCAAUCAAGCAAAUCCAGUAUAUCAAGGAAUUGCAAGGGCACUUCUGUCUAUGAAUAUGGGGCUUUUAGCCAAUCAACAGGCGUCGGAGGUGAUUGGUCAGCAGGAGACAUUGAUGAACAUAUUAGCUGCAAAAAAUGGGUUGCCAUUUCAACUGCCUCAAUUGAGCCAGCAACCACAACAACAACCGGCAGCAACGUCCCAAGGUGGCUUCGCGAUCCCACAGGGUCUUCCCAUAUCUCUAAAGAGAGGCAACAAAGAUCAACUGGCAAAUGCCACAGAUCGGAAAAAGUCUUGUCCACCUACGGUCACUUCGCAAGGACAACAAACGCUUCAACAGCUUAUGGGGACGAAUGCAGCACCUCCACCUCCACCACCACCAAGAUCUCCUUCCCCUCCAAGAAAAUCGAUGUUUGAAAACCUGCCACCAGAGAUGAAGGAGAAGAACGAGAUGUUCCGCAAGGAAAUCCUUCGUCGUUUGGACAUCAUUUUACUUGAAGAACUUGGUGCAGAUGACGAAGAGGCUGAAGCGAAGCCAGACCUUCAAGAACAGAAGCAAAUUCCGACUUCUGAAGAGGAUGUUGACGAAACCAAAGGCGACUCAAUGGGUUCCGAAGGAUCUGCAUUUCGUAGGAUACUAUCCAGAAGCUCUACAAUGAACAACUCUAGCUCUGCGUCUGCUUCAAGAACUACUACACCAUCCACUACCAGCUCAAUUUCCAGUGGUCCAGAUUCUCCACCUCUAGAAAGUGCCCCACCGCUAGAAAGUGAUUCAUUGAGCCCAAAAUUCUUGGACAUGUUGACGAGCGUUGCUGUUAAACACCGAGAAGACUCUAGUUCUGAUGCACUAUCAGCUAAUAUUAUGGAUGAAGUCGCUUUCACUCAGCAUUUUCCAAUGGUAUGGACUGGUCGUUUGACAAUGAAGUCUACGGAGACUAUGAUCAACCUUCAUUUGAUCAAUGGAUCUGAAACCUUCUUGAAUGGAGUCCUCGGACGUCAACUGAACGAGGAGAAUCCACGUCGUGACUCGGUGAAAAUUAAUCAACGUCUUCGGCUGGAUAACGGACAAGUUGAUCAGGUCCACGGUAUCCUAACAAACCCGGAAUAUGCAUGCUGUCUUGCACUAUCAGCAGUCACCGAUUACGAUGAAUUGGCCAAGAAUGAAUCAAAUCUAAAGGCAUCUUUCAUUGACUAUUUGAUCAAGAAGAAAAUCGCUGGAGUAUCGUGUCUGGAAGAAGUCGAUCAGAAAUUUAAGAGUGCUCGUGUCCAUGUUUUCGCUCCUGGAGAAAUUGUCAGCAGAUAUUUGUCCGAGUUAGCUUCAUCUCUCUACGAUUAUCUUCAAGUCAGUGAUACCCGCUAUUUGCUGAUAGUCUUCACCAACGACAAAAGUGAUCUAAAUAUGGAUGGCCCACCACCAUUAACUUCCCUCGCUGUUCCACCAAUCAGUAGCAACUAG